GUGAGGCGGGAAUUGGAACGACACACAGGCAAAGAGACACCAACGACAACCGAAGGCAUGGUGGGGCAGGGUAUUGCUGCACAUAUUACAAGAACAGUCCCUCUACUUCAAAGAUCCGCGGAAGUUGUCGACAUUCUCACACCUACGCUGGAGGUUGUAAAUUCGAACACAUUCGACCAUUCAUCGGAUGAAGAUUCGGUAAAGUCAGAUCGUCCAAACUCGCCUCAAUUACCUCAUUCACACCUAACUCGGCGCAGAUCUUCCCAUAUCGUUGAAAGAGUCAUUACCGAGAGAUCCACAAGGAGUGAAAUACCCAGGACUUCACACGAUGACGGCCGCGAAAACCAACAUGAAGACUUCGUAGAAGCUGUCGCCUACUUGCGCAAGAAGUCGCUAGCUCCUGAACAUUUUCGAACGUUACAUUUGCCGAGAUAA